GUAGGAAACGGAACGAAGCAUAUAUACAGAGGCGAGUUUUAAUAGAGGAUUUCGCCGCAAACGAAACCUGGAAAAUGCAUGAAAAAUUUCCCCAUACGUACAUACCGUUUCUCCCCAUUCAGCUGAAAUUUACUUUCGGAACCUCAUUAACCGCGAUUCAUUUCGUUUCUCUCUCUCUGGUUGCAGUGCCGCGAGCCGUGUUAAAAGAACAAUACCAAGGCGACGUGGAGAUGGACGAGGUGGAUUUAAUGCAUCAGUUCGAGGAAGGGUUCGACAGGGCGGACUUCAGGGCCGAGUUCAGCCCAAGCCCGAACCUGGAAGGACCGCAAUCGCAGCCGAGGGACAACGUUUCACGGAAUUUCCCCACGGUCAGUUCAUCCCCGCCGCGAGCCAGAACCAACAACGACGAGAGGCUGCACAUCGUGUUGCGGCCACGGAAAAUAGAGGAGUCCAGAUGCAGCAGGCGUCGUCGUUGCUCAAAGCGUGAUACGGUUUCUGGAAUCCGGUCAACGAUCGGUCAACGAUGGACCGCUCCGCGUUCUGAUAAUUGC